UUUGUUGUUUUGAUUAGAUUUGAGGACUGAAAGAGCAAAGAAUACUGUCAGUUUAAGGGAAGAUUUCUACUCAGUGGAAGCUUGUAGCUGUAGUUGGACUUUUGAUGAAUCUACUGGUCUCAAGUACACUGUAGACUAGUGUUUUGGUGUUCCUGGAACUCAAUGGGUUCUUCACCCUCCAAAGCCACUGGUGAGGAUGCCCUAGUUCUAUGCAAGGAGCGUAUGCGCCAUAUCAAGCGAGCUAUUGAUUCAAGAGAUGCACUGUCAGCGUCACACCUAUCAUAUACUCAGUCCCUUCGUAAUGUCGGGACUGCAUUGCGGCGUUAUGCGGAGUCUGAGAUCUCACCAGAGUCAUCCCUAUCCAUUUCAGAAGCAGACAAGUCACCAUCACAUUCCUCUAUGGCUUCUCCAUCGCCUUCUCGAGCAGCAGAGAGCACUGGCUCCCCACUACAUCGUGGUAGUCAGCUGACUCCUCCCUCCACAAAGAUCCAUUACAUGAAGGCAUCAGGAACAAAACCUUUGACGAUCACUAUAGAUCCAUCUGCUGCUGACUUUGUAGGGCAAGAAUCCCCAGUCUCUACCUUUGUGCCACCGCCACCACCAUUGCCCCCCGAAUUAUGUACCUCAUGGGACUUCUUCGAUUCCAAUUAUGCUUCUGGUAGUGCCACCUCAAAUAAUGAGAAUGGAGUCACAUUAAAUUUUAGUAGAUUGAAGGGUUUGACAGAUUCAAAGGAAUCUGAAGUAGUGGCACCGAGAGAAGAAACAGCAAACAAGUCUGAUCGAAUGCACCCAGAGCUUCCUGGUGACAGUGCAGUAACUAAGCAGGAAGGCCAAGCAAAGAAAAGAGGGAUGAGUAAGCCAGUUGGAUUGGUCGAGGUUACAACUGAAGCUACUACUACUUCUGGGCAGGUUGGAACAAAGGUAGAGGAAGAUGAUACAGAAAAGGAAAUGUGCACAGAAACAGAAGAUCCUUCAGAGUUCAUCACUCAUAGAGCAAAAGAUUUUGUAUCAAGCAUGAAAGACAUUGAAACUCGGUUUAUGCGUGCUGCAGAAGCAGGGAAUGAGGUUUCCAGAAUGCUUGAGACAAAGAAGAUCAGACUUGAUAUAUGUGCUAAGACUCCAGGUUCUCCAGGCAAGCCACCUACUGCCCGGUUUGUGUCAGCUCUCCGAGUCUGCUGCAAUCGUGAGAAUAUUCUCAACCAGGAAACCACACAGCAUGUUUCAAAAGUUGUCACUUGGAAGCGUUCAGUAUCAUCUUUGUCGUCAUCAUCUAAGAGUCCACUCACAACAGCAAUUAUUACUGAUGAUGUGGAUGAUAGUAAUGGUGAUUUUGUUGAGCAAUUUGCCAUGGUAUCUGGAAGCCACUCAUCUACCUUGGAUAGGUUACUUGCAUGGGAGAGAAAACUAUAUGAUGAAAUCAAGGCAAGUGAGCAUGUUAGAAAGACUUAUGAUGAGAAAUGUAACCUUCUCCGGCGCCAAUUUGCACGAGGUCUAAAUGCUCAGCUGAUCGAUAAGACUAGGGCUAUUGUGAAGGAUCUUCACUCCAGGGUAUCUGUUGCGAUCCAGGCUGUUGAUGCAAUAUCAAAAAGAAUAGAAAAGAUAAGGGAUGAAGAGCUGCAGCCACAACUUGUGGAGCUGAUUCAAGGGUUAAUAAGAAUGUGGAAAGCAAUGCUGGAAUGCCACCACAAACAGUUCAUCACAAUUUCACUGGCAUACCAUGUCAAGGGCUCAGCCGCAGUGCAACACGGUGAGCACCACUGCAGGGCUGCGAUGCAUCUGUGGAACGAGCUGGACGGCUUUUCAACCAGCUUCAAGCUCUGGGUCACUGCCCACAAGUCGUACGUCGAGUCGCUCAACUCGUGGCUCCAGAAGUGUGUCCUCCAGCCAGCCCAGGACCGACGCAGGCGCAGGCGCAAGGUCUCUUUCCCUCCCCGCCACGCGCUCUCCCCUCCGAUCUUCGUCCUCUGCAGAGACUGGCUCGCCAUGAUGGAGUCACAGUCAGCCCCCACAGAUGAGCUCUGCAAGUCUACCAAGGAUGUGAUGCAGCUUCUGCGCGCUUCGUUCGACCACCAGACCGAUCAUCAGAGCAGAACGACAGGCGAACCGCAUCCCAGAAGCGAGUCGCAGGAAUGCGGAAUGUUGGAGAACAACGAGCAGGAGGCGAGUGGGAGCGUGCAGGCAGUGGAAGGGUUGCAGUCGAAGCUGACCACGGUUCUGGAUCGCCUGACGAAGUUUUCGGAGGCUUCGCUGAAGCAAUAUGAGGAGCUCAAGCAGAACUACGAGAUGGCUCGUGAUGACUACCAGACGGGUCGGUCAACUGCCCAUCUUGUGUAGUCUGAUGAUGAUCCUGGUCUACAGUCAACUUUCACCCUAUGAUUCUAUUCUGGACUUCUAGUUGAACAACUGGAGAGUAUUUUGGUACAUAGUCCGUUGAUGAUCAGAUUGUAAUACAUAUGUUGGGUUUAAGGAUUACUAUUGCAAAAUAUGCUUUGGUGUUAUAUUUGCCAAAGCAUAUCAAGGUUUGUCAAAAUGGCACAACAGGUUGUUUCAUUAGGAUGAAUCUUGUCUCAGUUUAGUCUGCAGGGUUAUAGGAGGAUGCUUACCUUCUGUGAUAAAACUUAACCACAAAUUACCAGAUUACGUAACCUGUUAUCAUGGCACAGACUAGCGGCACAAUUUUGAAAAAAAAAUG